AUGUGCGACAAACGUUUGUGCGCCUGCGAGAAGAAGACGAUGCCCGGUUUCAUGAGUCCGGACGACGAAAGCGUGAAGGCCCUCGAGGAGGCCUACUCGGAGUACAUGAAGGUCGACAGCGAGUCUCUGCUAAGGAAACACUUAACGCAGCAGGUGUUCGAUACGCUGAAGGCCCGCGUAACCAACACCGGCUCCACCUUGAUGGACGUGAUCCAAUCGGGCUUAAAGAACCCUGAUUCGCACGUGGGCCUGUACGCGGCCGAUCAACAUGCUUACGACGUGUUUGCUGGUCUGUUCGACCCGGUGAUCGAGGAGUAUCAUGGUGAUUUCACCUCGAACGAUGUUCACCCGCCGUUGGACUGGGGAACGGCUGACGAGCUGGGCGAUCUCGAUCCCGAGGGAGGGUUCGUGAUCUCGACGAGGAUUCGUUGCGCGAGGUCGGUCGACGGAUAUCCGUUAAAUCCCACCAUGACCGAGACUCACUAUACGGAGCUGGAAAGAGAGGUGCAGCAAGCCUUAACGUCGUUAGAGGGGGAACUGAAAGGGACUUAUUACAGUUUGGCCACGAUGGACAAAGGGACGCAACAACAACUGAUAGACGAUCACUUUCUGUUCAAGGAAGGCGAUCGAUUUUUAGAGGCAGCCAACGCCAAUAGGUUCUGGCCAACCG